AUGGUCAAAAUCGAGGCCUUCGCAGUUGAACAGUGGAUGGACAAGUAUGAGACCAUUGCCAAGUAUAACGCCGCCGAGACCUGUUGUGCAUCCAUCUCCGUCGACGAUCUCCGCGCGUUGUCCGAGGACAAGGAGUCCAACCCUUUGACCGAGCUUCAAUCUACCAAACUCACAUAUGGAGCAAUCCGUGGUUCAGAUAAGCUGCGCACCACUCUUGCCAAUCUGUAUUCCGCGAAGACACCCGCCCAGUUACCAAAGGAUAACGUCUUGAUAACUGCUGGCGCAAUCCAAGCAAACUUCUUGUUGCUGUAUACAUUAAUUGGCCCAGGUGACCAUGUAAUCUGCCAUUACCCAACAUAUCAACAACUCUACUCUGUGCCUGCAUCAUUGGGAGCAGAGGUCAGUUUGUGGAAGUCCAAAGAGGCCGAUGGGUGGCAAUUGGAUCUCGAAGAGCUGAAAAGCCUUAUUCGUCCCAACACUAAGCUGAUUAUUAUCAACAACCCGCAAAACCCAACUGGGGCCAUCAUCCCACGCGAGACUCUCGAGCAAUUGGUAGAUAUCGCGCGUGAGAAGUCUAUCAUAAUUCAUGCCGACGAAGUGUAUCGUCCAGUCUUUCACGGAAUUACUCCCAUGGACUCUAAGUUCCCGCCUUCUCUUAUCUCGCUCGGAUACGAACGCACAGUGGUGACAGGAUCGGUUUCCAAAGCCUACAGCCUGGCGGGGUUGCGGGUUGGCUGGAUUGCCUCGCGCGAUAGGUCGAUUAUUGAAAACUGUGCUGAUUCACGCGAUUACACGACUAUCUCAGUCGGUCAGAUUGACGACGCGAUUGCCAGUUUCGCACUAUCACCAGAUUGCAUUCACAAUCUUUUGAAGCGAAAUAUCGACUUGGCCCGAACCAAUCUUGCGAUCUUGGAGAAGUUUAUUGAAGACCAUCGGUGGGCUUGUGAUUGGGUCAAGCCACAGGCAGGAACCACUGCAUUUGUGCGCUUCAACAAAAUGGGAAAGCCUGUAGAUGAUGUUGCUUUCUGCGAGAUGGUACUGGAACAAACCGGUGUGAUGCUCGUGCCCGGAAGCCUUUGCUUUGGUGGCAGAGAAGAUUUCAAGGGCUAUGUUCGUAUUGGGUUUGUUCCUGAAACAGAAGUUUUGGAAAAGGGCUUGGAGGCAUUGCGCGUGUUUAUGGAGGAUGGAUAUGAGGAGGUUCCGGUAGUGAAGAAGUUAGCCCUGAGAUGA